AACAUGGCAGUGGGCAGGCAGUGCGCAUGAGCAGCUGCCCAUGGAGAGACCCCGGUCCGGAGACCUAGCACACUGUCGGGGGAGAUCGGCGAGCGAGGCAACCGAGGCCAGACUUAGCACUCAGGCCUGUGGAACAGGAGAUCUGAAGAUCCCCAAAGCAGGACCAGAUCCUCGGAUGCGCCCCCUUACAGAGAGAUGAAGGGGCAGCAGAAGACAGCCGAAACUGAAGAGGGGACAGUUCAGAUUCAGGAAGGUGCAGUGGCAACUGGGGAGGACCCCACCAGUGUGGCGAUUGCCAGCAUCCAGUCCGCUGCCACUUUCCCUGAUCCCAACGUCAAGUACGUCUUCAGAACUGAGAAUGGGGGCCAGGUGAUGUACAGGGUGAUCCAGGUGUCCGAGGGGCAGCUGGAUGGCCAGACUGAGGGCACUGGUGCCAUCAGUGGCUACCCUGCCACUCAGUCUAUGACCCAGGCAGUGAUCCAGGGUGCCUUCACCAGUGAUGAUGCAGUGGAUACGGAGGGGACAGCUGCUGAGACGCACUAUACUUACUUCCCCAGCACUGCGGUGGGAGACGGGGCAGGGGGCGCCACAUCGGGGAGUACGGCCGCUGUUGUUACUACCCAGGGCUCAGAGGCAUUGCUGGGGCAGGCGACCCCUCCUGGCACUGGUCAGUUCUUUGUGAUGAUGUCACCACAGGAAGUAUUGCAGGGAGGGAGCCAGCGUUCCAUUGCCCCCAGGACCCAUCCUUACUCGCCGAAGUCAGAAGCUCCCAGGACGACACGGGAUGAGAAACGCAGGGCUCAGCAUAAUGAAGUGGAGCGUCGCCGCCGAGACAAGAUUAACAACUGGAUUGUGCAGUUGUCCAAGAUCAUCCCAGAUUGCUCCAUGGAGAGCACCAAGUCUGGCCAGAGUAAAGGUGGGAUUCUAUCCAAAGCCUGUGAUUACAUCCAGGAGCUUCGGCAGAGCAACCACCGCUUGUCUGAGGAGCUGCAGGGUUUUGACCAGCUACAGUUGGACAAUGAUGUACUUCGCCAGCAGGUGGAAGAUCUUAAAAACAAGAACCUGCUGCUGCGAGCUCAGUUACGGCACCAUGGAGUCGAGGUCGUCAUCAAGAACGACAGCAACUAACUGGGGGUUCAGGGCUUUGGACCCUCCAGCCCUUUUGAGAACUGCAGAGCCUAGGAGCAGCAGGCUAACCCAUGCCCUUUUCCUUCACUGCCCACCUCUGGGUUGGGACUGGGGGUGUUCAGAGGUGUGGCUUUGGACAGAGGCCCUGAGAUAAAGAGGCUUUCAGGGGUGUGAAACAGGGACACUUUUGGACAUGCAGGGACAGCCUCACCAAGCCACCAUGCAGCCCCUGGGCCCCUCUGUCUCUCUUGCACAGUGCAUGUGCUGCCUCCAUACUGGAUGCUGGGCACAGCGGGGCUGGCCCUGUGCUUGCUAACAGAGCCAGCAGAGACUCGGCUGACAAGCUCUGCUCUGAUUUGCCCCAGGACUCUGGCAAUUCCGCUGGUUCUUCCUGUCCCUGGAACUCAGAUGGGCACCUGAGGACUCUGGGCAAUAGGCUUUAGAGAAACUUGGGGAUAGGAUGCUUAGCAGUGGCUGCUUCCCAGGAAGAGGAGAUUGGCCUGCACACAGCUAAGGCCUAUGAGGAAGUCUCAUGGUCUCUGGAACCAGGGAGAACAGGCCCACUCCGGGCCGUCCGCCUGUGGGGAGGUUUUUUUCCUUUCUUUCUUUUUUAAGAUAAAAUGUUCAGAGCCACAGUUGUUUCCUGGUUUUCCUCUUUUUGUGGGGCCCAUGGCACAAGGGAGGGUCACAUUGCUCUUUGACCAGUAACGGCUGGGCCAGGCUCAGGUACUGCCCCUAAAGUUAUCUGUAGUCCUAGCGCUGCACCUGAACCCUUCACUAAGCCCUAGCACCUGGGCGGGACCCAUGUGUACCCGCCCCAGCCCACAAUCACUAGGAUAUCUGCGGCGGGCUGGAGUCUGGGCACCCUGCGCAGGUGCUGCAGGGG